AAAACAAAGUUUUUAUUUUUGUUGAAGUUGUUUGCUUGUUUUUACCUAACUGUUUCUGUUCGUAUCAUGUUGAGGAACGCGCGCCUCUUGCUCGGCGUUCUCAUACUAAUUGCCAGCAGCAUAGCGGAUACAAAAGCCACAGUAAAUAAUGAAACGAGUUUCUUGGAAACAUCGCUGAGAUAUUUGGAUGAACAGCUGCUCUACGAUCUAUUGCCACGUGGCACAUGCCCUGGCGAUGUGGAAGAUGCGCCGCUGGAUGAGUUCCCCGAUAUAUUUACAGUGGAAGAGCUGCGCCAGGGCUGGGUAGCACUGCAUGUCUUCGCUGCGAUCUAUUUCUUCAUAUUGCUGGCCAUCAUAUGCAACGAUUACUUUCUGCCCACCGUCGAGUGCAUUUGCGAGGAUCUCAAUCUGUCCAAGGAUGUGGCGGCGGCGACGUUUAUGGCCACGGCCACAUCGAUGCCGGAGUUCUUUACGAAUACGAUAUCCACGCUGAUAUUGGAGUCAGAUAUGGGAUUGGGCACCAUCAUUGGCUCACUGAUGUUCAACACGCUCGGUGUGGCUGGCCUUGCCGCUUUGGCCAUAAAUAAGCCAGUUCAACUGGAUUGGUGGCCCAUAGCUCGAGACUGCGUCAUCUAUCUCUUCAAUACGAUCGUUUUGCUGGUUCUCGCUUGGGGCGGCAGCAUCAGCUUUGUUGAAUCCUGCGUCAUGAUGGGUUUUCUGCUACUCUACUAUUUGAUAACGUUCAACAACAAUAAGUUUAUGCCGGCCAUACGUGUCUUUAUCGAGGAUCGCAUGAACUGCUGCUUCUCCACACGCUACGAUCUCACAGAGCCGCCAGAGAACAGCGCCAAAGCUCAGCUACCUUUGAAGAAGGAUCCACUUUCGGGCGAUGGUCUAUUUGUGAUUAAUUUCCCGGAGAAUACCUCAUCCAUGUCAUCCACAGCCAACUUGACACACUCCAAGAAUUGGAAUGGCGAGGAUGAAGACGAUCAAAUGCCGGCAAGCAUUUUUGCGUAUCCACACAGUGCGACGAGUUUCAUGAAAUUCUGGUGGGUCUUCACGUUCCCAAUUAAGCUAGUGCUGCGCUUCUGCAUUCCACAUCCAAUCAGACAUCGUCGCCUCUAUCCGUUGUCCUUCAUCAUGUGCAUCAUUUGCAUUGGCGUCAAUGCUUACAUGAUUGUCUGGAUGUUAACGGCAUUUGGUGUUGCGAUACGUGUGCCCACAAUUGUGAUGGGUCUCACAUUCCUCGCCGCCGGCUCCACAAUGCCCGAAGCAGUUUCUAGCCUUAUUUCGCUGCGAAAUGGUGAAAAUGGCAUUGGUGUCUCGAAUUCACUCGGCGCCAAUUCGCUAGCCAUUUUGCUGUCGCUGGGCGUGCCCUGGUUUGUGAAGAACUGCAUGAACUAUGGCACCGGCAUCAAACAGCAGGUGGGCACCGAGGGCAUCGAGUAUAAUAUUCUGAUCCUAAUAUUGUGCACCAUUGGCCUGUUCAUCGUACUCAGCUGUAGCGGCUAUCGGCUAACGAAGCGCGUUGGCGUCGCUCUAUUUACCGUUUAUAUAGUAUUUAUAGUGCUCCAGAUUUUAAUCGAGAUGCAUGUGCUCUUCCCAGUGGACUGCACCAGCUAGUCAGAGCAACAACAAAGGCAACAACAACAGCAGCCAUACCCAUUCCAGUUCCAGUUGGAGUUGCAUGCAUACGAGCUUUUGGCUGGCACCAGAGCUAGAUGGAUACAAUUUCGCUUUGUCCCUAUUCUAAUUGGAUUCCUGUAAAUACGAGAGGUUGGGAAGUUUUUGAAGCUGUCUGACCAUUGUCUGGUUAAAUGUUGUCAGAGUUGCCACCCAAGUAAAAACGAUCAACGAAGGAACUUUCGAUACUUCAGCCUAAACAAAAUUAUUUACGAACGUAUUGAUAUAGACAUAGACGCUUGUAUUAUAACAGAUUUUUUUUUUUUUUGUGCUUUACUAGCUUAGGUACUCCUUAAGACUGUCUACUAUUUAGGUAAAAAUAAUUCAUUGUUACGUACUUAUCCUGUUGUACACUAUUUAUAUAUACAGAGAAAAA